AUGGCAGCCAUAUUAAGACAUCAGGACUUACCCGUGAUCCUGCACAACGACAAGAGGGGUUUGUUGACCGUCGAAGAUGGUAGAUUGGAUGUCCUUCAAUUAUCAAGAGAUGGUAGACCACCGAAAAGACUCUUGUCUACACCUAUACGGAACUUCCUUCUAGCCAAACUAUCCAACGACAAAGGAAAAGGUUCAGGUCAAAAUCGAAGAUUGGAUUUACACACUCUAGGAAAUCCAAGUGGGAUUUCGACAUCCUUGAAAUUAACGAAAUUGCAUGUACUAGUCGAGCCUAUAAACGUACCUGAGGCUGAGGAGUGGUGUGAGAAUACCAUGGGAUUGGCUUAUAGAGCCAUAAAACGAAAUAAGAAAGUCUUGUUACUUGUCAACCCAGUGGGAGGUAAAGGGAAAGCGAAAGGCAUAGUUCACGAUAUCGUAUUACCGAUCUUACAAGCUGCAGAAUGUCAGGUAGAUCUGAGAGAAACGACACAUAGAUUGCAUGCUGAAGAAAUCACAAAUUCGAUUGAACUAGAUUAUGACGUCAUCGCGACCGCAUCGGGUGAUGGACUAGUAUACGAAGUCUUGAAUGGUCUAGCAUCAAGAUCAGAUGCUAAGAAAGCGUUAAAGAUCCCUAUCGCACCUAUACCGACGGGUUCCGCCAAUGCUGUCUGUACGAAUUUGUUCGGUGUGAAGGAUACAUUCAACAUACCCCUAGCAACGCUAAACAUCCUGAAAGGCCAAACGCUUCCUAUCGACCUAUGUUCCGUUCUCUUCCUUCCCUCUCAACAACGAAGAUUCUGCUUCCUGUCCACCGCCCUCGGACUGAUGGUAGAUCUCGACAUCGGCACCGAGCACUUAAGGUGGAUGGGCGAUAAUAGAUUCUUAUAUGGCUUCCUCAGGGGUAUAGUGAAUAACAAGAAUUGUAAAACGAAGAUACAUCUGAAAGUUGUUGAAGACGAUAAAAUAUCCAUGGCUAGGAAAGCUAGGGAUAGGGUGAAACAGCGACUUGUAAAAGAUGAUAAAGUGUGGGGUGGGGGUACGAAUCCUUUAGUAGAGGGGAUGAAUGGGUUGAGCGUCAGUGGCAAUAUCGGAAGUAGGAAGAGUGAGGGGGAUGGAGCGAAAACUCCUUCAGCUGAAGAUGGACAUGCGAAUGGAGUGGGGAAUGGAAGUACAGAUACAAACGACAUGGUCGCAGGGGCAAGUAGAGCAGAAGUAGCAGAGAAAGAAUACGUACCUGAUCAUGGACCUAUACCGGAUGCUAAACCCCUAGAACCUGAUUCGACAUGGAUAACGAUCGAUAGUUCUGUUGCUUUACCCACAUCAACCCUCAAAAGAUCAUCGAAAGGUUCUCUAAGGGGUAACAGGAGUUCAACUGUCAACGGUGGGAACAGUAUCAACAUACAGAAUACAGUGAAGAAGGGAGACUGGAUAGAUGGAGAAGGCUUAUUGUAUUUCUACGCCGGUAUGAUGCCCUGGGUCGCCCGAGAUCUGAUGCAAUGGCCCGUCUCCAUCUCAGGCGACGGUCUGAUCGACGUGGUAGUCCAAUCGAUCGUCCCGAGGAUGAUGAUGGCGAAUGCUAUAACGGGUGCAGAGAAAGGUGAAGCGUAUUGGCUGGAAUGUCAACAUUACUACAAGGUAUCAGCAUUCAUAGUUGAGAAUCUAGAUAAAGCGAACCAACCGAUCUUCACAAUAGACGGCGAAUCUUUCCCAUGGGAUACAUUCCACGUCGAAGUUCAUCCUAGAAUAGCUAAUUUGUUAAGUCUUAAUGGCGAUUUUUACGUUUCUGAUUUUUUACGAAAACAUGAUGAAAAGUGA